UGCGUCCGACAAAAGGCUGGAAGGCUGAGCACAAAGCUGCGCGCACUCUUGGCAUCAUAAUGGGCGUAUUUUUACUCUGCUGGCUGCCAUUUUUUCUAUGGUACGUAAUAACUUCGCUCUGCGGUCCUGCCUGCCCCUGUCCCGAUGUUGUCGUCCUUAUACUCUUUUGGAUUGGCUAUUUCAACUCGACUCUCAAUCCCUUGAUAUAUGCGUAUUUUAACCGUGACUUUCGCGAAGCUUUCCGCAAUACACUGGAGUGUGUCAUACCAUGUUUGCGCAAGCGUAACCCCUACGACGCCUACUAUGUAUAGUACUCGUAAUAAGGAUAGAAAAGAGAACGAAACUGAACGAAUGAUGAACAUCUUAAGAUGUAUGUAUGUACAUAAGCUUUGUUUUCCUUUGCCAUGAUGCUCUGCGUGAGAGAGAAAAUAUGAGUACAUUUAAUAGAAUUUAGUUCCCGCUUCUAUCCGUAGA